AUGACCUCGACCUGCCUGCCAGCCAUCCGUGCUCCCUGGUUCCCACUCCCCUCGAGAAAAGAGAGCCGUGCCCCAUGCGUGCCGUCCUCACUUAAGCCAAAGAGCCAAUCUCGUCGAGGCAGUGCCAUUGUUGCACAUGCUGUGGCCUCUUCCCUUUUGGCGCACAGUCACACAGACCUCAUUUCCUCUUUGGCGCGACAUUGCGUUACACUUACGGGCACGGAGCACCAUCAGCAGCAGCAGCAGCAACCACCACCAACGGAACGGCACCACAGCACCACCCAGGCAAGCGGCAAGCAGCCGUGCAUGUGCAUCGUGAGAAAGUGUACUGGAGACAUUCCCACAAGUAUUGGGAUUGUGCCGCACUUCUGCUGCCGGUUGCCCGGUGCCUCGCCCUCGGCUUCGGCCUCGUCCUCGGUCAGCUGUGACACUUGUUUGGCGCAUUUUGCGAGAUUGGGCAUUCGGAUUGGGCCAUUGACGAAAUCCACCUGCCCCAAGGGUGAGUUUCAGUUCAAAUGCAAGACCAGGGGUCGCUGCAAUCGCAGCCAUGAAAUCGAGAAGUUAACAAACAGUGCAGCCAGGCACCGGCGACAUUUGCUGACAUCUGAUGGCACUGAUUUCGUACAUUUCGUACAGUUCGUUUCCAGUUUUCUUCGUGGGGGAGGUUUCUGA